AUGGCUAGCGACUCGCCGCCUCUGCUCCACCAGCAGCAGCAGCAGCCACUGCCGCAAUCGUCGUCCAAACCGUCGCGCGCUCGACACCAGCUCACCCGCUCCAUCACCGAGUUCGCGCCACCCGUCAAGCUGCUACAUCACCAUCACCACCAAGGGCAUCACCACAGCAGACACCAUAGCCGCCAGAAAUCGACGCAAGUCGCGAGCGACGAUCGUGCGCCCCAGUCUGCCGGCCCCUUGCUGUCGAACCGGGGGCGACCGUCGCUCGACGUCUCGAGGGCCGAGACUGGCACGACACUGGGCAGGGGCGUGAGUCCCGAGCCCGGACGGAAGGACGGCAUGCUUGCUGCCCCAGAAGUAAGGCGGGACGUGGAGAAAGAAGUCAAAGAGCAGAACGAGAAGGCCGAGGCUCGUGUUACUGGCUUGAAGAAGUCUCUCGCCGACUUGAGCGGUUUCUCGAACACUACGACACGGCAGCUCGACGAGACGUACUAUGCCGUCUUGGAGAAGACAAGCGCUCUGCAGGUCACGGUCACGGCCAUGAGGGAGCUGGCGACACUCUCACGUGAGAUCAGGGGUGUAUUUGAGACGGAGUCACAGGAAAUGGUGCGCGAUGUGCAGGCUCAGGUGGACUCGCUCGGCCAGUUCGAGGAGCAGAAAAAGCGCAUCGUAGAUCUCCAAGGGCGAAUCGAGGCUGGGAGAAACAAGAUCCAGGCUCUCAGCGGCCGCGUCGACGUGGUCAAGGAGAGGAUCGAGGGGUGGGAAAAAGCCGACCGUGAGUGGCAGGAGAAAACACGGAAAAGGCUGAAAAGCCUGUGGAUUGUCAUGUCCAUCGUUUUCGCUCUGUUGGUAUUGCUCUUGGUUGGAGCAAAAUACGCUGCACCUGACACUAUGGCGGUCGGCAAGCACUCACUGUCAGGGGAUGACGCCAACAGAAGCCAUUAUGCUGGUGCUGAGGGGUCUGAUGAGGAGCCUGGCCUGGGAUUGUGGGAAAAGAGGACGGAGGUACAAGAGGAUCGCCUUCACUUCUUGGACGAGCUGUAG